AGGACUGUGGUGGGCCCCGGUCCCCCCCAGUUUCGAAAAUCAAGGCAAAGACUUCGGUAUAGCUCAUGGCAAAAAAACUAAGAACGACACCACGUUUGUUUGUGUUUACUAUUUAGUUACCAUGUUUACUUCCACAAUCGCCAAAACACCAACCCUUCCUUGUCGUUUUAUUGUUUCAAUUAUUGUUAUUAUUACUUUUGUUGUUUAUUCAACUUUUUCCGGUGUUUCACAUGGAAGUUUCCGACACGCCGGCGAACCGGUCCGAAUCGGGUUUCAGGGCGGAGAUCGAUACAUCGGCGCCGUUCGAAUCCGUGAGGGAAGCCGUCUCGCGGUUCGGCGGCGUUGGGUAUUGGAAACCCAUUAUCAAUGGUCUUGGCAAUAAGCAUUUCGAGCCUGAGCUGCAUCACCCAGAAGAGCUUGACCCUGGAAAACUGGAGGAGCAAGCUGCUGUAUUGGAGAAAGAGCUGAUCCUGAAAGAAAGGGAAACUCUAGAUGUCUUGAAAGAGUUGGAAAGUACCAAAAGGCUUGUGGAGAAUUUGAAAUCAAAGUUGCAGAAAGAAGAAUCUGAAGCGAAAUUGAAUUUCCAAACGAGUGUGUGCAAUUAUAUGUGUACUGUUAAAAAGGAUGAGAAAGAAGAUAAGGAAAACCAAGUGAGUAAUGUUGUUCAGGAUUUGAAUGAAGGUUGUGUCCCCUGUCAUUCAUCAGCCCCAGGUUUAAUAUUAAAGGAAUUGGAGCAAGCAAAACUGAAUCUGAACAGAACCACAAGUGAUAUUGCUGAUGUUCGCGCUUCUGUUGAAUCACUCAAUAAGAAGUUAGAGAAGGAAAGAUUAUCUCUUGAGAAGACACGGGAGAGGUUAACUCAGAAUUCUUCAAAGAUAUGCUGUCUUGAGGAAGAGCUAAACCAGACAAAACUAAAACUGCUCGUGGCAAAAGAUACUGGUUUGGAUAACCCUUCGGAUAUUCCAAAAGAGCUCCAUCGGCUGAGUUCUGAGGCAGAGAAUUUCAAGAGAAUGGGAGAAGCUGCUAAAUCAGAAGUCUCGAAAGCAAUGUCUGAGAUUGAACAGACAAAAGCUAUGAUAAAAACUGCUGAAAUCAGGCUGGUUGCUGCUCGAAAAAUAAAGGAAGCUGCUAGAGCAGCAGAAGCAGCUGCCCUUGCAGAGAUAAAAGCUUUAUCACAUAAUGAUAAUUCACCUGGAGAGUGCGUGCAGAAGCAUGAUGGAAUUACCCUUUCCUUUGAAGAGUAUAAUGCACUGACCUGCAAGGCGCGGGAGGCCGAGGAACAUUCUAAGAAGAGAGUUGUAGAUGCUAUGCUUCUAGUAGAUGAAGCAAAUGUAUCAAAAAUGGACAUUUUGAAGAAGGUAGAGGAAGCCACAGAAGAAGUUAAAACCAGCAAGAAGGCCCUCGAGGAAGCUCUAGAAAGGGUAGAGGCUGCAAAUCUAGGAAAGUUAGCAGUUGAAGAGGCGUUAAGGAAGUGGCGGUCGGACAGUCACAGACGGCGAUCCUCCAUACAUAACUCCACCAAGUUUAAAAAUGCUUACCCUUCUCACUAUAGAAAGGAAUCUCGGUUACUCGACGUGAACGGGUUGAAUCUGGUAAAUGAUGAGGCCAAGCCAGUUCUUAAGCCAACACUGUCUAUAGGAGAAAUAUUGAGUAGAAAGUUGAUGAUGCCAGAAGAGUAUGAAGCUGGAGAGAGAGAGUCAGUUAAAGGGAAGGUUUCUCUUGGUCAGAUGCUAGGCAGACAAAAUGCAGAUGCAUCAUCCUUUGACAGGCAAGCUGAGAAGGAAAAUGGUCAGAAGCAGUUUUCUGCAAAGAGAAAGAAAUUUGGAUUUGGUAGAUUCUCUCUUCUUUUGACAAAGCAGCAAAAGAAGAAGAAGCCAACCCUGAACUUGAGGUGAUGAUGGCUUUCUUGAUCAUCUUGUGCUGAAAAAUUCAUGUUUGCAUCUUAUCAAUCAAUGUAUUGUGCCUGCUUCACUAGAUUAUUGUCUGUUGCAUUGUUUUCCCUUUGCUUGUACAUUAUAACUAAAGUUUGUCCAUCAAUUGUGAUGCCACUUGUAGAGAUGAUUUAUGUCAAUUUGACUCUUGUAAGCUGAUCUUAUAUUUGUGAUAUGCCUGAGGUUGUUCUGUUUUUUUCUCC